AUGUCGGGCCCCACCUUGCGGCUCCUCCUGCUCGCCCGCCGCGCCGACCGACGCAGAGGCCUCCCCUUUCUCGUUCCCCGCGCCUUGCAGGCCACCCCCGCGACCUCUUCCCCGGCGUUGCCGCCACCUCCCUGCCUCCCCGCCUCAACGCCGGUGAUGAGCUACUCAAGUGCAUUUACAAGUGUACAUGGAGAGAGACCAUCAUCAGAAUAUGCAAAGAUCAGAAAGAAGUCACUGGAAACCCAGUUUGGAAGAAUUUUGGGGUCAAGUUCACGCAGGAUUUUUGCUGACCGUGGCUUUGGUCCAUUCCUUGCUCUGUACAGGGCUGCUACUAUCUCUUUUCAUGUUCUAAAACUCACUAUUUGGCAUUUGUGGCUCAAUGACAUGCAUAAAAGAGCAGAAAAGUUUCGAGAGACCUUGAUACGCUUGGGUCCUUUUUACACCAAGCUUGGCCAGGCAUUGAGCACACGCCCUGAUAUACUUCCUAGUGCGUAUUGUCAGGAGCUUGCAAAGCUACAGGGUCAAAUACCACCGUUUCCAACUCGCAUUGCACUCAGGACCAUAGAGUCUCAGUUGGGCUCUCGAAUUUCUGAUUUGUUUGCUGAUAUCAGCCCAGAGCCGAUUGCAGCAGCAUCACUGGGGCAUGUUUACAAAGUUCAUCUACGCUCUGGAGAGCUUGUUGCAGUCAAAGUUCAAAGGCCUGGAAUGGCGCCCUUGCUGACUCUAGAUGCACUUUUGUUCCACAUGAUUGGAGGACAAAUGAAACGAUUUGCUAAGGCUCGCAAAGACCUAUUGGUGGCAGUUAAUGAGAUUGUCAGGCACAUGUUUGAUGAGAUUGAUUAUAAUUUAGAAGGAAAAAAUGCUGAAAGGUUUGCUACUCUUUAUUCUCAUGGUUCAGGUGGGGUCAAUUCUGAAGGUAGUACAAGUAUCAAGGUCCCAAAAGUUUACUGGAAUUAUACAUGUAAAACCAUACUGACACUGGAAUGGAUUGAUGGAAUUAAGCUAACUGAUGCUGAGCGCAUCAGCAAAGCCAAUUUGAACAGGAAAAGAAUGAUAGAUGAGGGUCUCUAUUGCUCAUUGCGACAGCUGCUUGAAGAAGGAUUUUUCCAUGCAGACCCCCAUCCUGGUAAUCUAGUUGGACUUUGGCUACAUGUUAUUGGUAAGAUCUUCAAAGAGCAGCAAGUUAGGCUAGCAAUGCUGGUGUUUGAUUUUCAAAAGUUGGUUAAACUUAAAUAUGGCUAA